AUGACUGUCCGUCAGCAACAACGAAAAUGGUGGCAACUACAAUGGUUCGCUGAAAGCGAUACCAAAGAGGAAAGGCGACUUAUCCUUAAGCUCGACCUUUUGAUUGUUCCUUAUGCAUUUUUAGCAUAUUGGACGAAGUAUAUCGACCAGGCGAAUAUCAAUAAUGCCUACGUUUCUGGUCUAAAAGAAGACCUCGGAUUCCAUGGGAAUGAGCUCGUUAAGCUGCAAACGAUGUACACUAUUGGGGCUGUGCUCGGUCAAUUACCCUUUGCCUAUCUGUUCACCAAGCUGCCCAUGUCGUGGCUUAUCCCGUUCAUGGAUGUUGCAUGGGGUAUCUUCACAUUGGUUCAGUAUCGGGCUACUUCUUUCGCCGAGUUGGCUGCCUAUCGCUUUAUGGUCGGAUGGUUUGAGGCGGCCUUCUUCCCAGGAAUGCACUAUAUCUUCGGAUCUUGGUAUCGAAGUGAUGAAAUUGCUCGCCGAGGAGGAUGCUUCUACGUCGGCCUCACUUUGGGUACUCUAACUGCAAGUCUCAUCCAAGCCGGUGCAUCAAGCCGUUUAGACGGUGUCAACGGACUCGCAGGUUGGAGAUGGAUGUACAUCAUAUGUGCCAUCAUCACCAUCCCAGUCGCCAUCCUAGGCUAUUUCAUCCUCCCAGGAACACCAGAUAAGCCGAAUAAACUCAUUCUGAAGGACAAAGAUGUCCAGCUCGCCAAGACCCGCCUGGAGCGCGCCUCUCACACCAUCAAAGAAGAACCGCUGACAUGGCGCACCUUCGUCAAGGUCGGUCGCAACUGGAAGUUCUGGGCUCUGCUUUGGGUCGACAUAUUCUUCUGGAAUGCCUGUAUCAAUACCUCAGCUGGUGGUUACCAACUAUGGCUGAAAGGCCUCAAGCGAUUCUCGACAAGUCGACUUAACGAACUCGCCGCCAUCUCUCCGGCUCUGGGUAUUUUCUAUACGCUUUUCGUGUGUUUUGCUUCGGACCUGGUCCUUGGUCCUGCUUGGGCAAUUACCGUCUCUCAUCUUUGGAAUAUCAUCGGUCUUACAAUCCUGGUCAUUUGGAAAGUCCCCGAGUCUGCAUUGUGGUUCGCUUUUAUGACGACUUACUCUGCGGUCGCUAUGUCGAGCGUCUUAUACGGGUGGAUAAAUAGUCAGAUGCGCUAUUCACCUGUUGAACGUUCUUUGACACUUAUUAUUGUCAAUACGGUGGCGCAGUCGACGACUUGUUGGACGCCUUUGCUUGUGUUUAAGACGGUGGAGGGUCCGCGCUUUACGAAGGGAUACUCUUUCGUUCUUGCGAACGCGAUCUGUCUGAUUACGCUGUCGCAUGUUGUUCAAUUCUUUAUCAAGAGGGAAGAGAGAACAAAAGCCAGAGGCGGCAGUGUCUCUGGGUCAGACAGUGCAGAUGAUUCGAGCAACCUUGAGUCUGGACCCCAGGAAACCAAUGUUAUUGGCAAGCAUGAUCAGAAGACUUAG